CUGCAGCGUCACACACGUAUCUGUGUGUAUGCUGGGCAGGGCGCAGACGAUGAGGGUGCUGCUUCUGCUGCUGGCGCUGUGGUCCGGUCUCGCGGGAGCGGAGAGCUGCUGACCAACAUCGAGGCGGCGGCGGGCACCUCGGUGGCGACCAGCAACGCAGGCCGCCUGUUUGCGUCUGCCGCCGCCGACAACGACACCAAGACAGUGGCCGCCAAGCUGAAGACGGAGAUCAGCGCGCUGGGCGCCACCCUGGUUGCCGCCAUCAACGCCACAGAGGAAGGGCGCACCAAGAGCGGCAGGCGGCUGCACGCCUCAUCCUCGGGCAGCGCCGCCGCGCGGCUGGGCAUCCCCGUCGGCGCCACCGCCCAGAAGAUAGUGGACUCCUUCGCCGCCUUCCUCACCCAGCCCGGCACCGUGGCAGUGAUGAAGCAGAGCGGCGUGCUGCCAAACGCCACCAGGGCUCCCGAGGGCCGGGCCAAGCUGUGCCACGACGCCAACAGGACCUCCAUGUCGGCCGCGGCCAAGAACUGCACCUGCGACCGGAAGCGGCCCUGGCCCGAGUGCUCCGCCCUGAUGUACAUAGAGGGCAAGAAAGUGUUCGAGGCAGACCUGGCCGCUCCCCGGAACCUGACCGCCGUCAAGCGGGCCGCCCGCGGCCUGCUGGACUCCCUUGAGUUUGGCGACGCCCUGGAGCGCGGCGCCCCGCACGGCCCCGCCGACGGCGGCGGGCUGGGGGAGGAGUGGUGGGGGCCGGAGGGGCUGGCAUCGCUGCGCUCGCUGGCGGCAGUCCAGGCUGGCACCAAGAAGAAGAAGCGCACGGGCUGCAAGUUUUCAGACCUGCUGGGCUUCUUCACCGAAAGGUGCGGCGGCAUCUCCUGCAAGUUCCCGCUGCCGCCCCCCGCCGGCACCUUCCUCACCCUGCAGCUCCUCAUCAACGGCUGCACGCCCACGAUCAGCGUGACUGGAGACACGAUGGAGCUGUGCGGGGCAGACGUGCAGGAGCAGGCGCAGUGCCUGACGUUCAAGCAGAGCAGGACCAACUUCAGCAUGGCCGUGGCCGUUGACGACCUGGCCACCAACAGUCACUUUGACGUGGCCCUGAAUGUCUGCCUCAAGCUCGGCACAUUCGGCAAGGUGCAGUUCAGCAUCGCUUCCACGGCCAUCAUAGCGAGCCUGGGCUCCAACAUCAAGAUGCAGUUCCACGACAACAAGGACAACACGCUCUGCAACUUCUUUCGCAACUCCACCAACACCAAGGGCUGGGACUGGUCCCUCAAGUGCCAGGACUACUGCGCCUGGGAGGCAGGCGAGCGCUGGGGCGGGUGGAGCACCCUACCGUACGCUGCUGACCCUGGAGGAUCCCGCUGCGCAGGCUCUGGCCACUUCACCCUGGAGUUUGGCCUCAACUUUCUGUUCUGGAGCCAGACCUGGACGCAGACCAUCGUGGAGAGCACGGUGCCGCAGUGCGACCCGGCUCCCUUGACCUGCAAGGCGGGGCAGUUCACGUUCAACAAGACGUGCACCAACUGCCGGAGAGGCACGUGGACCAACAACACCAUGACGUACGAAUGCUUUGAGUGCCCGUCCGGAACGUACAAUCCGGAUGAAGGUUCUGGCUCUGUCACCGAUUGCAAUCCAUGUAGCGAUGGCACGUACAACGCCCGCACUGGAGCUGGCAACAUCAUUGCCUGCUGGCCGUGCCGCAACGCCACGUACAACCCCUACCUGGGGCAGGCGGAGUGCAAGCCCUGCCAGGCGGGCACGUUUGCCCGCAAGCGCUGCACCAACUGCAUCCUCUCCAAGUGUGAGUGCAGGCUCGUCACAGGGUCUAAGAGCCAGCCCGAGGCAUGUGCGAAUGCCUGGCCUGGCUACUUUGUGAACGUGACAGGUACCACAGUGCAACGUGCUUGCCCGGUCGGCAUGGAGCAGCCAUUGGAGGGCCAGACCAACUGCACGUUCUGCAAGCCUGGCACGGCGAAUGCUGCGAAUGGCACGGCCAACUGCCCCCCCUGCGCCAACGGCACUUACACUGCUGCAACCGGCGCCACCGCGUGCACGCCGUGUGCCGCCGGCAGCUUUGCCAACGUGACGGGCCUGACCGCGUGCAUCCCCUGUCCGGUGGGCACUGCGACCAACAAGACGGGCAGGGCGCUGUGCCGCCCCUGCCCCAAGGGUCACAUAGCCUCUAAGACGGGAUCCACCAAGUGCAGCAAGUGCAAGGCGGGCACGUAUGCUCCGACCACCGGCAAAUCCACCUGCUGGACCUGCCCGAGAAACUCAGUGGCCGCAACCGAUGGCGAGGAGCAGCCGGCUGCAGCAAGCAGGCCGCGGUUCAUUGCAGCGCCGCCGGGCUGCCUUCCUGCCGGCUGUACUGACAUGUGGUGCCGCUGUGCUCCCGCCGCAUGCAGGGGCCUGGGAGUGCACAAAAUCAACACCACCGCCCGCGCUAACUGGGAGUACAAGAAGCGGACCACAAAGUUCAUGCUCCGCCGCUCUCUGCUCGGCAGCACCCGCUACUGCUGCCCGGCGGGCGUAAACCCCAACACAGACGUGUCCCAGUGCAUCAAAGCUUGACAGCGAGCUUCCGCCUGCUGGUGCCUGCUGCACUCCCCAGCAGCAAUGUGUCCUGAUGAUGUUUCGUUACAAUCUUCUGCCAAUUUUUACUUCUCUAUCCCUCUUGCCUAUGCAUCUGUGCUCAAAUUCAAGCAAAAUUAUAAACCUUGUGGCUUCCAAGAACUGUGCUUUCUUCCUGACCUCAGCUUUCUCUGCUCUGUAGCCUGUAACCGCAACUGAGUG